UGUGUCAAAAAACUUUUUUUUUUCAAAUAAUAAAAUCUAUCACCGCCGACUUACCGGUUCUUGUUUUUUCCCCCACUUCUUUUUUUUUUAUUUUCAACUCAUAAUUUCAGCAAUGGCUGGUGAAAAGGGAAAGGUUUUGCUCGCAUACUCUGGUGGUCUCGACACCUCAUGUAUUUUGGCCUGGCUCAUUGAGGAAGGCUAUGAAGUUAUGGCUUACGUUGCUGAUGUCGGUCAGGAAGAAGACUUUGAGGCUAUUCGCGCCAAGGCUUUGGAGGUUGGCGCUUCUAAGGUUUUCGUCGAGGACUUGAAGGAAGAAUUUGUCAAGGAGUUGAUCUUCCCUGCUAUCCAAGCUAACGCUAUCUACGAAUCCAUCUACUUGUUGGGUACCUCUUUGGCUCGUCCCGUUAUUGCUCGUCGCCAAAUUGAAAUCGCUGCUAGCGAGGGCUGCCAGUUCGUCUCUCACGGCUGCACUGGCAAGGGUAACGAUCAGGUCCGUUUCGAACUCGCUUACUACGCUUUGAACCCCGAGAUCGAAGUCAUCGCUCCCUGGAGAUUGCCUGUCUUCUUCAACCGCUUCGCUGGCCGUAAGGAUCUUUUGGCCUUCGCUGCUGAAAAGGGCAUUCCCGUCGUUCAGACUGCCGCCAAGCCCUGGUCGACCGAUGAAAACUUGUUCCACAUCUCAUACGAAGCUGGUAUUCUUGAAGACCCCAACGUCACCCCUCCCAAGGACAUGUGGAAGCUUACCGUUGACCCCGAGGAUGCUCCCAACACUCCCGAGCGUAUCACCAUCACCUUCGAGAAGGGUAUUCCUGUCAAGGUUGUCAACCACAACGAUGGCACCGAAGUCACCGAGGCCGUUGAACUGUUCACUUACUUGAACACUGUUGCCCGCCGCAACGGUAUUGGCCGUAUCGACAUUGUUGAGUCGCGUUUCAUUGGCGUCAAGUCGCGUGGCUGCUACGAAACUCCCGGUGGUACCAUCUUGCGCAAUGCCCACAAAGACUUGGAAGGCUUGACCCUGGAUGGUGCCUUGCGUGCCCAGCGUGAUCAGAACAUCACCGGUCCUUACUCGCGUUGCUUGUACAACGGUCUAUACUUCUCGCCUGAGUGCGAGUUCGUGAACAACUCGAUCGCUUUCACUCAGCGCAACGUUACUGGUGAUGUCAAGCUCAAGCUUUACAAGGGCAACACUGUCAUCGAGGGCCGUGUUGCUCGUGGUGAUGGCGCCAAGCUUUACAACAUGCAGGAAUCCUCCAUGGAUGAACAGGGCGGCUACAACCCUGAGGAUGCCGACGGCUUCAUCAAGAUCCACUCCAUCCGUCUCAAGAAGUGGACUCGCGCCACCAACUAAAUAUCGUAUUUUUCAUAAACACCUCCCAUCCCACCAUUGUAUAAAAAACACAAUCCGUACAUAAAAAAGGCUAGUUAGAAUGUUUUUUUGUAAAAAAAAUUGAGUAUUUUUGGAACAUUCUUAUACUUUUUUUAUGUCUAAUUACGUGCUUUGCACAGUGAGAAAUCGAAGGAUGACACCGUCGGUAUAAGGAGGAGUACGCUAUGUGGAUUCGAGGCUGUUACCCUUUUUAUCGAAAAGCUACAUUAUUAGUGGUCAUUUUAAUGAUAAGAUCAACGCGAAUCCAUCCAACUCCUUUAUAAGAAGUUACCAAUAUCGGUUCUUGCAUUGUAUACAUGUUGACAUAUAUUGUCAACAUCUAGGUUGUGGCCUGAUGAAG